AUGAGAAUUGAAAAGUGCUGGUUCUGCUCAUCUAACAUCUACCCCGGCCACGGGGUGGUCUUCGUGCGGAGCGACGCGAAGAUGUUUCGUUUUUGCCGCUCCAAAUGCCACAAACAUUUCAAAGCGAAGCACAACCCGCGAAAGUUCAAGUGGACAAAGGCGUACCGCAAGGCUGCAGGCAAAGAAUUGGCGGUUGACGCGACGUUUGAGUUUGAGCAGAAGCGCAACACGCCGGUUCGAUACGACAGAGACUUGUACGUGAAGACGAUUAAGGCGAUGAAACGCGUGGACGAGAUCAAACAAGCGAGGAAGGAGCGUUUCUACAUGCAGCGGAUGCUGGCUGCGAACGAGCGAAACGAAGAGAAAGACUACAACGAGCUGGAGAAGAGCGAGAAGCUACUGUUGCGCGAGGGACAGAUUCGCAGAGAAGAGGAGAGACGGAGAGCAAAGAUCGCCGAAGCCGAGAAAGAGGAGGCUCUCGUCGAAGAGGACGAAGAUGCGGAAAUGGAGGAAGAGAAACCGGCACUGCGCAAGUCGAAGCAGAAGGCCCUCGUGCAGCAGACGACGGGCCUCGAGUCUGGCUGA